AAAAUAGUUAAGCUAGUUCGAUUUCUUUCUUUUUCCAUUACAGAAAAGGAAAACAAAAUUAGAAGAAGCAAAGAAAAUUCUAGGGUUUUUCUUGAUCGACUGCAGUGCUUCUUCUUCGUAAAUAAUUAUUUAUCUGUGCCUUUUUGGCCGUUGGAUCUGAUCUGAAUGAUUAGUGUUUGGCGGUUGAUUCCGUGAGAUCAAGAUGAUUUUGUUGCAGAGCAUACCGCGUGUUGCUGCUUCACCUGGAUCGGGUUCGGGUCGGGAUGACGGUGGCUUUCAGGUGAAGCUUGAGCCGUCAUCGUCGUCGUUGAGUUUGGUGCCGUUCAAAGGCCGUGAUUCUCUUAAUCAUGAAGUCGAUGAAGAUAUGCAUUUGGCGCUCUCUCAUCAGAUGUACAAGGCUGGAAACUAUAAACAGGCACUAGAACAUAGCAAUACUGUUUAUGAGAGAAGUCCACUUCGAACUGAUAAUCUUCUUCUUCUGGGUGCUAUUUAUUAUCAGCUGCAUGAUUAUGAUAUGUGCAUUGCAAAAAAUGAGGAAGCUCUUCAAAUUGAGCCCCGUUUUGCUGAGUGUUAUGGAAACAUGGCAAAUGCUUGGAAGGAAAAGUGUGAUAUUGAUCUCGCAAUUCGUUAUUAUUUAAUUGCCAUUGAGCUCCGGCCGAAUUUUGCUGAUGCUUGGUCAAACCUAGCCAGUGCAUACAUGCGAAAAGGGAGGCUGAAUGAGGCAGCACAGUGCUGCCGUCAAGCAUUAGCAUUGAAUCCUCUACUGGUUGAUGCUCAUAGCAACCUUGGGAACCUAAUGAAAGCACAAGGGUUGGUACAAGAAGCAUACAGCUGUUACCUUGAGGCUUUACGCAUACAACCGACUUUUGCUAUUGCGUGGUCAAAUCUUGCUGGUAUCUUUUUGGAGUCCGGUGAUAUGAACAGAGCUCUUCAAUAUUAUAAGGAAGCUGUAAAACUGAAGCCCACAUUUCCUGAUGCAUACUUAAAUCUUGGAAAUGUUUAUAGGGCCUUGGGAAUGCCCCAAGAGGCUAUUGUGUGCUACCAGCGAGCUGUUCAGACACGACCAAACUAUGCAGUAGCUUUUGGAAAUUUGGCCAGUACGUAUUAUGAAAGAGGUCAACUGGAUUUAGCAAUUCUUCACUAUAAGCAAGCCAUUUCCUGCGAUGGAAGAUUUUUGGAGGCUUAUAAUAAUUUGGGUAAUGCAUUGAAGGAUGUGGGUAGAGUGGAGGAAGCAAUCCAAUGCUAUAACCAAUGCCUUGCAUUACAACCAAGUCAUCCACAAGCACUCACCAACCUUGGGAAUAUAUACAUGGAAUGGAACAUGGCGUCUACUGCUGCUUCAUAUUAUAAGGCGACAUUGGCUGUCACAACAGGGCUGUCUGCUCCUUUUAAUAAUCUUGCUGUAAUCUAUAAACAACAGGGAAAUUAUGCGGAUGCUAUAUCUUGCUACAAUGAGGUUCUUCGCAUUGAUCCCCUGGCAGCUGAUGGACUUGUAAACAGGGGCAAUACAUAUAAGGAAAUUGGUAGAGUAAAUGACGCAAUUCAGGAUUACGGACGUGCUAUCAACAUCAGGCCAACUAUGGCUGAAGCUCAUGCAAAUUUGGCUUCAGCUUAUAAAGACAGUGGACAUGUAGAGGCUGCUGUGAAGAGCUAUAGGCAAGCAUUGCUACUUCGACCGGAUUUUCCUGAAGCGACUUGUAACCUUCUGCACACAUUACAGUGUGUCUGCUGUUGGGAAGACCGCGAUAAGAUGUUUACUGAAGUUGAAGGAAUUAUCCAGAGGCAGAUUAAUAUGUCUGUUCUUCCUAGUGUGCAACCUUUUCAUGCCAUCGCCUAUCCCAUCGAUCCAAUGCUAGCUCUUGAAAUCAGCCGUAAAUAUGCAGCCCAUUGCUCCAUUAUUGCAUCUCGUUUUGGACUUUCUUCGUUCAAACAUCCUCCGCAAAUUCCUAUACGGCACAAGCGUGGUGAUAGACUUAGGAUUGGUUAUGUCAGCAGUGACUUUGGCAAUCAUCCCUUGUCACAUCUUAUGGGAUCUGUAUUUGGCAUGCACAACAGAGAAUAUGUGGAGGUUUUCUGUUAUGCCUUGAGUCCAAAUGAUGGUACUGAAUGGAGGCAGCGUAUUCAGUCUGAAACUGAGCACUUCGUAGAAGUUUCUGCCAUGUCAGCAGAUACUAUCGCUAAACUGAUUAAUGAGGAUAAAAUACAGAUCCUUAUCAACCUUAAUGGUUACACCAAGGGUGCAAGAAAUGAAAUAUUUGCCAUGCAGCCUGCUCCCAUCCAAGUGUCAUAUAUGGGAUUUCCUGGGACAACAGGGGCAACGUACAUUGAUUAUUUGGUUACUGAUGAGUUUGUUUCUCCUACACGGUAUUCACAUAUUUAUUCAGAAAAGCUUAUUCACAUGCCCCAUUGCUAUUUUGUGAAUGAUUACAAACAGAAAAAUUUGGAUGUUUUGGAUCCAACAUGCCAACACAAGAGAUCUGAUUAUGGUCUUCCAGAAGAUAAAUUUAUAUUUGCAUGCUUCAACCAAUUGUACAAAAUGGAUCCUGAAAUUUUUAACACAUGGUGCAAUAUUCUCAAACGUGUACCGAACAGUGCACUGUGGCUACUUAGAUUCCCAGCUGCAGGCGAAAUGAGGCUGCGCUCAUAUGCUAUUGCACAAGGAGUGCAGCCGGAGCAAAUCAUCUUCACGGAUGUUGCCAUGAAACAAGAACAUAUAAGGCGCAGUGCUUUAGCAGAUCUGUUCCUUGACACGCCAUUAUGUAAUGCGCAUACCACAGGGACAGAUAUUCUAUGGGCUGGUUUACCCAUGGUGACACUGCCUCUUGAGAAAAUGGCUACAAGGGUUGCUGGCUCACUAUGUCUUGCUACUGGACUUGGGGAUGAGAUGAUUGUUAGCAGCAUGAAGGAAUAUGAAGAGAGAGCAGUGUCCCUGGCAUUGAAUCGGCCGAAGCUUCAGGCUCUUACCAAUAAACUGAAGGCGGUCCGUAUGACCUGUCCUCUGUUUGACGCAGCGCGAUGGGUUCAAAAUCUGGAGAGGGCGUAUUUCAAAAUGUGGAACAUCCAUUGUUCUGGCCAGCAGCCGCAACACUUUAAAGUGACUGAAAACGAUUUGGAGUUCCCUUGUGAUAGAUAAAACAGAGUGAGAGUGAGAGAAUAGUCGGCAUUGUAGAUAAAAGCAAGAGAAAAUUAUAGAUUAUUUAGGAAAGUAUACAUGGGUUAAAACUAUUCAGAUGAUCAAAGUGUGAUGUGCUUGGUUAUCAUUAUUGUCAAUGCAGAAAAUUAUGCAUUUUAUCUA